AUGCGAGUACACACAGGAGAAAAGCCAUACAAAUGUAUGGUUUGUCGUGAUGCAUUUUCUGUUAAAUAUCGUUUGCAGGACCAUACGAGGAUACACACCGGAGAGAAGCCACACAAAUGUAAAUCAUGUGGAGCAUCCUUUCUCCGAAAACCUGAUUUGCAGCGACACAUAAAAAUCCACACUGGAGGGAAGCCAUUCAAGUGUGAGACGUGUGGUGCUGUAUUUUCUCAAAGAUCUUCUAUGCAGAGGCACACGAAGAUUCACACAGGAGAAAAACCAUACAAGUGUGAUAUAUGUGGCACUUCUUUUUCUCAAAAAUAUAAUUUGCAGAGGCACAUAAGAAAUCACACAGGAGAAAAGCCAUACAAGUGUGAAGUGUGUGGAACUUCUUUUUCCCGAAAAUAUGAUUUGCAGAGACACACGAGAAAUCACACAGGAGAAAAGCCAUACAAGUGUGAAGUGUGUGGAUCUUCUUUUUCUCAAAAAUCUUAUUUGCAGAGACACAUAAGAAAUCACACAGGAAAGAAGCCAUACAAAUGCGUGACUUGUGGUAAUGCAUUUUCUGUUAGAUCUUAUUUGCAGAACCACUCGAGGAUACACACCGGAGAGAAGCCACACAAAUGUAAUGCAUGUGGAACAUCCUUUACCCGAAAACCAGAUUUGCAGCGACACAUAAAAAUCCACACUGGAGCGAAGCCAUACAAGUGUGAGAUAUGUGGUGCUGCAUUUUCUCGUAGAUCAAAUAUGCAGAACCACAUGAGAAUUCACACCGGAGAGAAACCAUACAGGUGUGGGAUUUGUGGUGAUGCAUUUUGUGUUAGAUCUCAUUUGCAUCGCCACACGAUGUUACACACCGGAGAAAAGCCUUACAAGUGUGAAACAUGUGGAACAUCUUUUUCCCUAAAACAUUACCUGCAGAGACACAUACAAAUUCACACAGGAGAGAAGCCAUACAAGUGUGAGAUAUGUGGUGCUGCAUUUUCUCGUAGAUCAAAUUUGCAUCGCCACACGAGUAUUCACACAAAAGAGAAGUAA